AUGGCGCCUCGGACGACCAGGAUACCCGUCUACGUCCAUCGCGAUGCUGCUGCCACCGAGGGUCUGAAGACCCCGGCAAGGAGAAAGAGGCACUCCUCUGUCGAGCGGCGUACGCGAACGCGCACCAUCAGUGGCACUUCAACGCGCCCCUGCGGUCCUACCGAUUCCCCGCGCAAUCCGUUCGGUCGCCAGUACAAGUGGCACUGCCUCAGGCGGCUCCCGCCCCCUCUGAAUCCCUUUCUGUCGCACCUGCCACUCGUUCUCACCCUCGUGCGUGCCAGAUCUGCAGCGAACGAGCCGCCGGUGUACCGCAAAGUGCACGUCCCGCGCAACUACACGAUCACGCACCUCCGCGCGCUGCUGAUCUUUCUCUUCGACGCCACGAUGUACGAUGGGGAUUUAUUCUCGAGCCUGCACCACGUCGUUGAGAUAUGCAAGGACGCCGACAUCCCCGGGAAUCUCUGGAGCGCGGAGACCUGCAUCAAGCUCUCUGGCGUGCAAGAUCCGUACUCACCAGCACGCGACGAUGGACCCGAGCUAGGCGAUGUGGAUGAGCCAGAGGUCUCGCGCACGGGGUCUUAUCGCUGGGAGGGCGAGGGUGACUUCAUCAUCGACAGCGUCUGGCCGACGACUCGAUAUCAGGACGAUGAGUGGGAGCUGCAGAACGAGUGCCGUGGUAUCAUUUUCAACUUCAAGCGCGAUCCGAACGUCAAGGUCCACAUAACCUACGAGUCGAGGAGCCGAUCGCAAGCGCCUCACCCGAUGGACUCCCCCUUCGUCGUUGAGAGCUGCGGAAUCACGAAUGCCCUCUCCUCUCGCGCGCCCUCAUCUUCAUGCCGCGCACCCACAGGCGCCGGCUGGAACGAACCUAACGCCUUCAAGAAAUUCUACAUGACCCUCGCGAAAGGCAGCAUGGCCCUUCUCCCCAAUACCCCUCGCCCCGCGAUCCCGCGCCCCGCGCGCAGCCGCCGCAUGCUCCCUGUCACCCAUCGUCGCCACGGGAAGACCCCGGAGGCUCUCCCUGCACACCGGAAGGCGGUCAGCGUGCGCGCGAAGGAGAUCGCGAGGAUGGCCCGGUCGUCAUUCCUCCGCGAGCUCGACGAAAUGGACUCGCCGCCGCCGAGCCCGGUCGUGUCCGGAGAUGAGGACGACGACCCGUUCUGGGGCGAGGAGGAUGAUAUACAGACCUUGCUGGCCGAGCAGUUCAGGCGAGCGCCGCUCAUGCUUGACAAUGAUUCUGACGACGAUUACGAUGGUCUCUAA